UUUAAUCCCACAAUUUUUUUAAUAAUCAGAUUUCACAACCACCCUCAUCCAUUUGAUUCAACAGUGGAGUCCAAAGUUGCAGCUGUUUUCUGGAACAGAAAUGUGGAUGGGACACCUCAAGGAGGUUUGGAUGAUUUGUGCAUGACUGUGUGAUAAAGAUUAAAAAUAUUCAGUUACUCUGGUGUGUGUGUGUGUGUGUGUGUGGUCUUCACUUGAAAAAUUUGGCUGUUCAACGGAAUGCAUCUGCUGCUGUUCAUUUCAUUCUGCCUCAGUCUUUGUUCCUCUGUACUGAGUGCAGCAGUAACACCUCCAUGUAGUGUUGUAUACAGGGGCUUUGCUGAAUGUCUGGUUACUCUGGGUGACAGUGUGAGCUCCAAGACUGAUAACACACAAGACAUCAACUCCAUUUGCAAGUCAUGGGAUGCCUUCCAGGUGUGUGUGAGUAGUGUGUUGUCAGGUUGCCGUGGUGAUGCAGCAGAGAUCUGGGAAUCUUUGAGAGCGGAGUCCCGGAAAACAACAUUUGCUGGGAAUCUCUAUGACAUGUGUGCAGGACGUACUGAAGCUGUCACUGCAGCUACCACUCCUCAGAGUCUUCCCAGUACUGACCAAACAAACCAGGAAACCCUCAAAGGACUUGCUCAUUCUGUCAGCCACUCAGUCAGCAUAGAGCUGCUCCUGAUAUGCAUCUCUCUUCUCCUGCUACUUCGGAUGUAGAACAUCCCUUUUAUAAGCGGGACUGAUGCCAUUGGCCAAUGACAGCAUUACAGGCAAAUAUCAGCAUAGAAUCUUUAUGCUGGUAUGUUUCAUGUUAUGCUAUUUUAUCUGAUUUAAGGUGUAAGAUUUUGGGUAAGAGAUUCUGAAUGUGUUUGUUAAUUUUAAAACCAUGUCAAUGUUUUAGCUUUUUGUCUAUACAAUUCUGUAAUGUUCUGGGGCUGGUUGCGACAAACCUCUUAAUUAUAAUUGCAAGGGUACUGUAACUAAGGGGGUUUGUUGCAACUGAUUACUCUACUCAAAUCUAAUAAUUUUGAACACAUCAUUACGUUUGAUGUUUCUGUCAAAAGAUCAUAAAACAGGACAAAUACUGUAUGUCAUUUAAAGGAAUAGUUCACCCCAACCUGAAAAUUCUCUCAUUUAUUCACACUCAUGCCAUCCCAGAUGUGUAUGACUUUCUUUCUUCUGUUGAACACAAAUGAAUAUUUUUAGAAGAAUAGGUCCUGACAAUGCAAGUACAUGGUGGCCAGAACUUUGAAGCUCC